AUGCUGCCGUGCAUGGAGAGACGAGAGCACAACGGAUGCUGUGGUUUAGGCACUCUACCGCCGUCUGCAGCAGAAGCAAGAGCAGCGGAGGCGCGGGAGAUCGAGCAGCAGAUAAAAGAGAGGGAAAAGCUGCUAGCAACAGGGGGAGGGGCAGCUCCCCCACCCCUAGACGUUCAGGUGUAUACACUGAGCGAAAUGAGGCAGAGAGACCGCGAGCAGCAGCAGCAGCAGCAGCAGCAGCAGCAGCAGCAGCAGGAUGACUUUCAUGAUGGAGGAGGCAGCGCCGGCUAUUUUACACCAGCAGAUAUUGCUCGCAUCAAAGACGUAUGA